AUGGUAGCUAUCGCAAAUGACAAGAAGGCCACUACCGGUGGCGUCGUGGCAGCGCGUCUGCUGGGCUCUACGUGCUCUGGUCUAUGCGAACUUAUGAUUUUCCACCCCGUGGAUACGAUUGCCAAGCGUCUCAUGACCAACAAGGAGGCUAUGCACGGCGUCGCGGGCAUCAACAAGGUCAUUUUCCGUGACGCGUACGAGAAGCCCGUGUUCGCGCGCUACCGCUCGCUGUUCCCCGGUCUGGGCUUCGCCGCCGGCUACAAAGAGCCACGCAUCCUUCUUCGAGCACACGUUCGGUGA